CGCUUACUUCCGGCAGGCGCCCCGCCCCUCCAAGGGCGAUGCUGUCGGAGCGUUUACGACCCUGGUGCCGCAAAGCGCUGGAGUGCCGCUGUCCGAGCGACUUGUUUUCCGGAUCCCGGGGCUGCAGGUAUGUUAUGAUUAAAAGUGGAUUAAUUCCAUGUUAAGUGAAAAUGGCCAAUUCUUUACGAGGAGAAGUACUGGCUCUUUACAAAAAUCUGCUGUAUCUUGGACGGGACUAUCCAAAAGGAGCAGACUAUUUUAAAAGGCGUUUGAAGAAUGUUUUCCUUAAAAACAAGGAUGUGAAGGACCCAGAGAAGAUCAAAGAGCUUAUUGCACGAGGAGAAUUUGUAAUGAAGGAACUAGAGGCCUUAUACUUCCUUAGGAAAUACAGAGCUAUGAAGCAACGUUACUAUUCAGAUACCAACAACUAACCAAUCAGUGCCAGCUGUUGGUGUGUACUAUUAUAAAAUAAUUCAAUUUACAAUGGCAAGAUACAUGUUUAAAAAAACCAGAGUUGCCCUACUGUACUAAAAUGUGUUUCAACCUCACUGAUACUGAGACCUUUAUUCAUAACCCUUUAUGCUCAAAUUUUAUUGUUAAUUAUAUAGUAACUUUAUCAUGUUUCAUGAGAAUACAAUUUUGAAGAAAAUACACUUAAUUUUCUAACAUGUAAUAGCCAAUUAUUCUUAGUCUACUCCAUUUACUGAUGAGACUGUCAUUAGCAAAUAGUGUCUGACAGGUUUAUUAUCCUUUAGCUUGUGAGCAUCCGAUCUUUCCCCCCAUUUAGUAUACGAAGUGCAUAUUCAAGGCUCUCUACAAACACCUCCUCAAAAUGAUUUGAAUGCAGUUAUCAAAAUAAAACAUAUGAAGGUGACUUUGACCUUGGCAUGCUCAGCAGAUGACUGGCAUUAUGUAGCCAUUAUUUCUAUUAUUCUUUGUGCUGCUAGCUCCCUUAAGCCCCAGAUCACCUGUCCUGCUUAGACUAGCUUUCAUGAGGAAUGGUAAUGUUCCUGUUUCCACCAUCAAAGCAGGCAUAUUUUUGUCUGCCUGAAACAGAGGUAAUGUGGAGUGGACCUAGCCGACAGGACCGCAAGUUUAACAAACACUUUUAUGUAAUAUUCUUAGCAACUUUAUAAAUAAAAAACUUUACAACUUAA